UUCUUAAUCGAUAAUUAAUGAUUAUAUUAUAAAACCAUUUUACGUCCAUCCACGAUGAAUCUCCACUCCAGUGUUGACAACUCUCCACAUACAUGCGUGUUGAGGCGCAGCGCAACCGACCUUCAAUCCGCCAAGUCACCCAUAGUCCUAAUUUCAUUGGCUGCGAUCGAAUUACUGCAUUCCUUAACGCGUCUCUGAUUGGUUGGCUUCUCUGUCAAUCACAGAGCCGCUUCCACCAGCGCGCCCUGAUUGGCUAUUGCCCCCUUCCCUUUCUCUUCGUGCUGAAUCGCGGCGGUGGGUCGAGUCGCCGCCGCUGAUGCUGGUAUCUCCGGUCGGGCACGUUUAACGUUUUCCCCCCUUCAUAUUUACCAUUCAUAUUUAUCGUGCCCCGUGUGCGGAAAGAUAAAGAUGGCAGCGGUGGCCCGUCUGGAGGGCCGUGAGUUUGAGUAUGUGAUGAAGAAGCGCUCGGUGACGGUGGGUCGGAACUCGUCGCAGGGUUCGGUGGACGUGAGCAUGGGCCACUCGAGCUUCAUCUCCCGCCGGCACCUGGAGAUCUUCACCGCCGCCGCGGAGGACACGGGCUCGGGACUGGGCGGAGGAGAGUUUUAUCUGCGCUGUCUGGGGAAAAACGGGGUGUUCGUGGACGGGGUGUUUCUGCGUCGGGGGGCGCCACCCCUGCAGCUGCCGAGAGUGUGCACGUUUCGGUUCCCCAGUACGAACAUCAAGAUCACAUUCACUGCGCUGGCGAGCGUCAAGCGUGAGAAGCAGGAACCGGAGUCUCCGGUGAAAGCGGUUCAGCCACAGAUCUCCCCUUUAACCAUCAACAUCCCCGAUAACAUCGCUCACCUCAUGAGCCCCCUGCCCUCGCCCACCGGCACCAUCAGCGCUGCUAACUCGUGUCCGUCCAGUCCGCGUGGUGCGGGGUCGUCCGGCUACAGGCUGGGCAGGAUCGUGCCUGACCUGCAGCUCAUGAAUGAGAACUCUCAGUCUGAGAACGACAAGGAGGCGUCAGGAGAAGACAGUCCAAAGGACGACUCCAAACCCCCGUACUCGUACGCUCAGUUGAUCGUUCAGGCCAUCACGCUGGCGCAGGACAAGCAGCUAACACUAAACGGCAUCUACACACACAUCACCAAGAACUACCCGUACUACAGGACGGCAGACAAGGGCUGGCAGAACUCGAUUCGUCAUAACCUGUCGCUGAAUCGCUACUUCCUCAAAGUCCCGCGCUCACAGGAAGAGCCGGGCAAGGGCUCAUUCUGGAGGAUAGACCCGUCGUCUGAGAGCAAACUCGUGGAGCAGGCAUUCAGGAAACGCCGGCCGCGGGGCGUCCCGUGCUUCAGGACCCCGCUGGGACCCCUCUCAUCCAGGAGCGCCCCGGCGUCGCCCAAUCACUCGGGCAUUCUCUCCGCCCACUCCAGCGCUGCGCAGACCCCCGACAGCCUAUCACGGGAAGGCUCACCUGUUCCCAUGGAGCCAGAGCCCGCCUCUGCCCCGCCCCCUGCUCCUGCUCCUGCUCCUGCCGCUGCUGUCCAACCCAAACUAGCUGUGAUUCAAGAGGCCCGGUUUACCCAGAACACCACAGCGUCUCCCAUCAGCACCCAGCCUGUUCUGAUCGCUGUCCAGCGUUCGUUAACGCAGACGAUCAAACCCGUCACGUACGCUGUGGCCGCCCCCGUCACGUCCUCCACGUCUGCACAGCCGCUGAUGCAGACGGUGCACGUGGUGCAUCAGAUCCCUGCGGUGGCCGUCAGUACCAUCGGCGGAGCCAACCUGCAGCCUGCCAUCAAAGCAGAACCGCUGGAGAACGGAGAGGAGGUCAAAGUGAAGGUAGAGUCGGUUCCCGGCAUCAAUCACGGCUCUAUAGGCUCAGCCAAUAGGAUCAUUCAAAGCAGCACUGCAGCCACGCCCCUCCAGACGGUUACCAUAGUGCAACAAGCCCCACUGGGUCAGCACCAACUGCCAAUCAAAGCCAUCACCCAGAAUGGUACUCAUGUAGUGCCCAUCGCCACAGCGAUACAGAGCCAGGCUAACGCAGUGUCGAGUCCGUUACACAUGUUGGCCGCUCACGCCUCGGCAUCCGCCUCGCUCCCCACGAAGAGACAGAACGGAGAAAACGGCAGCGAGCCGCCGGAGAGCAAACGAUUGAAAACCCAGGACGAAGAACACGCCGUCACCACCGACCCGAACGGAACCGCUGCGGACACAAACUCCACCAGCCAGCACAACUAGUCAGCCAUUAACCACCACCACCUCUUUCCCUCCCUCCUUCUCUAGUUUUCUCUUUUUCUCAUCUCAUCACGGUUUCUCUUCCAUCCAGCAGCUCACGGUGCCAAAACUCAAGGCUUGGACAGUAACUCUUUGAGCCGAAGCAAAAACGUCAAAAAAGAACCAAAUGCAUAAAAUACUAUCUGUUUUCUGUCUGUUUCCGCAGCAACCCUUCUCCCUGUUUUCCGUUUUAUCACUCAAACGCCUGAUUGGACAAAAACUUGCACCUCGAAACUCAAGAGCAACUGCCAUCUGGUCCAUAACUGGGCAUUUUAUUACAGACUUUGGAGGUGUUCGAUCGGCUUGGAUUCCGUUCUUUGGGAGUCAUGGUGAUUUUUAGGGAAAAAUGCACGCUAUCCCGGAGGUUUUGCGACGUGCGAUGCCCUCCGGAUGUGCAGAUGUUGAUCCCAUCUUGACCUCGGAACCCAAAGGAUUCUAGAACCUCCGGAACUCAUGUGUUGCUCACAGCACACUGAGAAUUCCAGAACUCCCGCUUGCGGAAUCCGGAUUUUAUUUUAUUUAUAUAUUUUUUUUUUUUUCGCUGACAGCGGAACACUGGCUUCGAUCCAACAUUCCAAAGUUUGAAAGUCCACUACGGAGGAUGGAAAUCCAAGAGGAUGUCCUGGAAUGCAAUUACACACCAUGAACCGCACAUAGAUUGUUGUCUUUUUUUUUUAAAAUAGUGCAUACUAGGGCUGAACGUGGAGCCAAAGGGAUCAAAAUAUUCCGAAACACAUCAGAUAUUCCUGAACUUUCGGCAGCUAGCCUGACAGCAUCCCCCAGCCGUCGUAGUGGAUGUAAUAUGCAGUAUUUUGUGUAUUCAUACGUGGAGCAUAGGAUCUGGGCGUGUUUUCAGUUAUAGAGACGUUUUAAAAAGUAAUAAUAACAAUAUAUAUAAGCAGCAGCAGCAGCAGCAUAUGAGCAGAAGUGGACAUGGGACGUCCGGGACUGUGUCUGUUUUCUGUUUAGUGAAACUAAGCGUAGUUUGUUUUCUAAGAUGGAUAAAAAUGUAUCAAUGGAGUAUUUCCUUCCUAUGUUUUUCCCUCUCUGUUUAUUUUUAAAUCUGAGCAAAACCGGCUUUGUUACACCGACAUAUUUUCAUACAGGUGCUCGAGUGGAUGUGUCAUUUCCAUGUGUAGUCAAACUGUUUUCAUCCAGCUUGCAUGUAACGGACUAGACAAACGUACCUGAGCCGUCGAUUUAAACAUGUCAUUCAGAAAAAAAAAAAGUAAAAAAAAAAACAAGAUACGAGAACCUGUUUCGAAUCAGACCAGGUCUGCACUUGAUUAGACUGUUCUUUUUGUUUAUUUUUCCCCUGUUUCCUUUCCGUUUCGUUCCCUUUUCUUUUUAGGCUGUAUUGGUGUAGGCUUAAUGAUUUGAUUCUGGUCAGGCCGGUGAGUCUGACGGAUUAUAUAUGUUUCAAACAAAAGCAAAAAAAAAAUAAUAUGAUUAAUGUUUGUUCUGCUUCAGUGGGUCAAUGCUUUUUUUUUAUAUAUAUAAAUUAAUUUAAACCUUA